AUGGCGGCCCCGGGGGCUUCCCCGACGGCGACCCCGGCCUCGACCGAGCCGGGCCAGCGGGCGCCGCCGCCGCUUCCUCGGCCCGGAGCCCCCGGUCCCGCCGCCCGCUGCCCCCCCGGCGCCGCUUUUUACGGGCCCCUGGACGAGCAGAACCCGCUGCUGGCCUCCUGCUCGGCCCACUGCCGCCACCUGCUCGCCCUCCUCAGCACCGGGGGAACCGCCGCCGCCGUCGCCCGCCGCCAGCUGGCCCGCACGGGAGCCACUUCUCUGUUUAAUAUCUGGACCAAGUUUGAGUCACGGCUGCCAGCUGCAUAUUACAAUGAAAAACUACUUAAAGUUGGAGAGAGCCUGAUGCAAAUCAAAGAAUAUAAGCUAGCCCUAACACAGUGUUAUGGAAGAUAUCUUCAGCAGUUCAAUGCUAUGACUUUUGAUGAGAGAAAAGCAGAUGUGGAUGAGUUUAAAGCCAUCUAUUUUCCAGAAGGUUUGGCACAUAAAAGUGUUAGCAUGACAUUUCAAGCUUUGCAAGGAAGAAGUAUUUGCUCUUUCCACAUGGUCUGUGCCAAUGACAUAAACCUUCAGAAUGAAGAAUCUGUAAGACAGAGCUUGAAUAUAUUGUCUUCUUUACGACUUACCAUGCAGGUGGCAUUACCUCAGGAACAUCUUUGUUGGAUUGUCUACAACGGUACAAUUCACAUAUACACUAUAUGCAGGAAAUUGAUGAGUAUCGGUCAAUCUAAAAAGGCCCUUGAAUAUCUAUUAUGGUCUAGUAUUUGUAUGGAAUCUUCUAUUCCACUUUUGUCGGUUAAUUAUCUAACGUGGAGGACUGUCCUUUACACUGCCGUUUGCCAGUGCUAUUUUGAUUGCCAAGAAGGUCUCCAAGGAGAGGUAUUUGCUCGACGUGCUUUAAGUAAAAUUGAUGAAUUAAGGACCCUGGAAAUGAUGAGUUCCUCACCACCACAGGCGGAAUCAAAAAAUAUUUAUAAAGAAGCUACUAUAAAGAUGGCAGUGAUGAUCUUCAAAAGGGCAGUGUAUGAACCAAGAAGAAAACCCAAAGGGUUCUUGAGGCCAAAAGUAAGGGUUAACCUAAAGGAAGUACAAACUUUACAAUGGCCCCGCACUGUAACAGAGAGGUUGUUGACAGAGAUGUUCGAUAGCACUGCAUCUCAGUUCCUGGCGAUCUUGGAAGCCCUCUCUGACAGUAACCGGCGAACACUGCAAACUGGCCCUCCUACAGUUGAUGAAAUAGAAGUUCGUGAUGUUGUCUUGGAACUUUUUAUGGCAGGAUUGGAACUUUUAACAGGUGGACCCAAUGGGCCUAGUUUACGGAGAAAACUUGACUUUUCCCAAAUCAUUCAUGCCAACUCAACUCAACUGCAACUAAUAAUAGAAGGAAAAAAUGCCAUUUCUGCGGAUGCUGCUGUGAGAUUUAUAAAAUUAGCUUUUACCUAUGAAGAUUGGAAUUUAUUUAAUUCUACAGCUGAUCUACUCAUUAACUUUUUAAAGAGUCAAGAUGAUUCAGCAUCGAAAAAAUCCGAAAUGGAUCUAAAACUUCUUGUUGCAAUGGAACCACUAGUCAAUGUCAAACGGCUAAAAGGGACCCUCUUUAGUCAGGAAUGCUUUAGAGAUGGAACUCCUCGUGGCUCUGGAAAAAAAACAAUUGCAUUUCAAGAUGUAUCCAAGAAGACUGUUGGCCACUCUGAUGAACUCAUCCACUUGGCAGCAACAUUGCUUUCCUGUGUGCGUGAUCCUUCUCAGAACAUUCAACCUGACAGAGAAAUAGUUAUUGACAUUAUAAUGUUCCUGUGGCAGAAGUACAAAGUAGGAGUAGAGCGGAUGAGUAUCAGUGGCGACAUGACCGGAUACGACUCCCUAAAAUUUACCCAGAAAACCAGAGUCAACAAAUGGGUUCAUCUGUUAUGGCUGAUAAAUGAGAUACUUCAGUGCUGUAAAAUGGAGAACGUCGAUAUUGUAGUGGUGGCAGAGGCUGCGUUACGAUUAAGUGAAAUUUUGGAACAUGUAGGUUACUUAUCAAGAAAAAGGACAGAAACCUCAGAUAAUACCAGAAACAGACCGAGUAGUGAAGUAGUCUCUUCUAAAAACUUAGCUGAUAUUCUUCCUAUAAUUCAGAAAAGUCCUGAAGAACAGUUACUUUUUGCUUAUGAAAAUUUCAACAAAGCAAUUGACAGCAUGAACGUGGCCCGCUCAGUAACUUCUUUGCCAAAUGGAUUAUCGGCAUUUGACCACUGUUACACCAAGAAGUUGAACACUUCAGAAGCAAAUGGAAGUUGUAAUACACCAGUCACAGCCAAUAGCUUUGUGAUGGAUUUGCACCUUGAGCUUAUCCAAGCUCAGCACCGAAUAGCUGUAAUGCUUCUUAACCAGACAUCCGGUUUUCAAACUCUGGACAAGGAUCUUAAGCCCACCAAAUCUUCUGUAAAUACCACACAAUCUGUAAAUAAUGCACAUUGUUUAACAGAAUCAGAUGUAAUGAAUACAAUCAAGAAAAAUAAAUUAUCCAAAGCUAUCUUCCUGAUGCAGAAAGCUGAGCUGAUAUUUCAAAAGCAGUUAGCCUGCGUUUCGCCAAACCACCUCUUAGAGGAAGCAUUUUCUUUAAUUCAGAAGACUGAGGCAGAGCAAAGUGCUUUGUAUUCUUAUCAGAAAAAAUUAGAAGAUUUAACUAAAGAGAAAAACAGAAUUCCUCCUCCUCCUAUACUGCUUUCCAGAUCAUAUAAUUCAAUGACCUUUAAACCUGCUCCAUUUACUUCGGGUGUUAAGGUCUCUUGGUACCGUAUUUUGGGAUGUAAAGCAGAUGGAUGCAGUGGAAAAGUAAGACUAAACAAUGAUCAUCUUUCAAAUUCAGGAGAAAUGAUACCAGCUGAUGGGAAAAGCAUUUUGGAAGUCAAAGAUUUAGAGGCCAAUGAAAAAUACAUAUUUGCGGUUGCUGCAUAUUCCUCAGAUGGAAAACUUGUUGGGAAUGCUGUUGGGGAAACGACUAAACCAAUCCUUGCAUAUUCACCUCUUUCUACUAUUACUGUUCGGACAUUCUUGACUCAGGUUGCUUAUCAGAUUGGUAGCUAUACAUUAGCGAAGAGGGCAUUUUCACCCAUUUGGGAUUAUUUUGUCUCAAUUCCUUCUUCACCAUCUACUAAUAUAUCAGUGGUUUCUUUGAGUAGUAAAUUGAGCAUUUCACAAUUCAGGUUAAUUCCUGAAAUCCUGUCACAAACGUCUUCUAUCCUCCUAUACCUUUUUCUCCGAAGCAUUUUUAUAACUAGUGACAUUAUUAUUAAAGAAAAAAAUCUCUUCUGUGAUGCUGUUUGUGGUAAUGACAUGUAUUGUUGUCAACAAGUUGGUAGACUAGCUGAAUGUGAGAGAUUGCUAGUGGCAAUUGAACUUAGUACCUGGUUAAAUGAUGCAAAUUAUGUCCUGCAAGCUGUUGUUCAAUGUUAUGGUCUACUUGCUCCCAUAAUCUAUCACAAUAUCGCUUUGGUGCCAGUUAUACAGGUCCUGAUUAAAUGCUUGGCAGUUCUGCAGGAAAUCCCAGGCACCAUCUUUGUAAAGAAACAGACUGGGACUUUUGAGAGUAUACAGCACAUGAUAGCUUGCUCAGUCUUUUACACAGCCAAGGUACUUCGCUCAUGGAAGGAGUAUGAGCUAGCAGUAAUUAUUAUAAAUUAUGGAAAAAAAAUGUUGGAUUCCUCCGGCCUGUUAUGCACAAACUUGUCUACACUAUCAAAGAGCAGUAUGAUUGAUGAUGAACAAGAUGACACACUGGAGGAGGGUGCUCCUACUAAGAAAUCUUUGAAGAAGAAGACACAGUUAUCUGAAAAAAUAAGUGAACAGCUGAACAUUCUGGAAAAUAACAUGCUCAAGCUUACAAAACAACAUCAUGGAUCAGAUCUUUUGUGUGUAGACGAUCCCAUAUUUCUCUACCCUAUAGUUUUUAACUGGACAACAAAAUGUGCCCUCAGAGAAGUAAUGAAAUUUAAGCACAGACCCCGUUUCCUUGAGUUCCUUGUUCAAGUUAUGCAAAAAUCUCUCAAUGAAGAGAAAUUUUUUCAAUUGCUGGAAUGGUCAGGUCCCAUCCAGGAUUUCUUAAAAAGGAGAAAUGACACCAUUCUUGGGAACAAGAAAACUCCAAUCAGGGAAACUCCUGGAAAUCUAAAUCCUGGUGAAGAUGUGAGUAGGCCCACUACAGCUUCAACGGAAUUUUCCAGAAGUGUGGAGUCGACGGGUUUGAAAAAAACAAGUAGAAUGGAGACCGCAGUUCCUACAAAAAGACGACAAUCAAGGGAAUUUUAUACCAAACGAUACUCAAGUCAAGAAUUUGAAAAGUAUGAUGGCAGAAAAAUGGCUUCCAAAUGUCUGAUCGAAUUCUUGAGUCCAUUUAUACUAUACCACUUGAAAAGAAAAAAACUCCAUCAGUUGUUUACUGAGGAAAUGCCAUGGAGAUCUCAGAUGAACAUAUAUCUGGCAAUGGCGCACUUCAAUGUAUUUAGAAAGCAACUAGAAGAUUCUACAAAUAUUAAAGUUUGCAAUUCUCAAAAUAUGAUCAGUUACCAAAGUUUAGACCCCGAUCUAUUUUCACUCUGUAAUUCUGGUUCAGUGCUGGUGGAAGCAUCAAAUUUAAAUCUGGAGAACUACAAAAUGAUAAUGGCGUCCUUUCUUCCAUUAAAGAAAAGAAAAGACAAAUGGAUAUCAGACUGUCCUGAAUUUUUUUACCCCGGCUCUAAUGUGGAUGAAGUGGAUAGCCCCCAGGUGCAUGUGACAAAUGAUAGUGACCCAUCUCAUCCCCCCAUCCUGGACCCUUCAACUACAAUCAAUCUUUUAGAUCAUUUCUCCAAAAUCUUUCUUCAUUUAAGACGAGCAGUGGUUCUUGCUCAUCGUGGUAGGCAAUGGACGUUGCUACAGAAUGCCUGCCGACUUCUUUGGAACUAUUCUCAAGACAUGCACUUACUUGUUAAACAUGCAGAUCAGCUUCAGACAUCACUUCCUAUUAACACAGAUGUUCUCACUUGUGCUCUUGUGCUACCAUUCUAUUUUGCAUCAGAUAUGCUUCUUGACAUGGUAGUGGAUCUUCAAAAUACUAAUUCCGUGAAGAUUGUCGAUGAACAAGGAGACUUCAAUAUUCCAAGCUGUUUUGGGAGCAUCGGUGAUGAUGAAGGUGGUUCUAAGCUUACUUUUGAACAGCCUUUAGAUGAUGUGACGGUAGUUGACUUCAGAUGGACGUGUGAUUUUGUAUUGAAAACUUUACAAAUCUUAUACCAAGUGGAGAAGUGGGAAACCUUGAUACACAUAGCCGUUCAGUUCAAUUCAAUUACACAUGAGAAGUACACAGGACAAGUUACUCCAUUACUGGUACAUGCUCAGAGACAACUUAUUGAAAGAGUGCAGGCUUUCGGUGGUCCAGAUAUUCCUCAACCCCAUUUUGUGAAAUUUGUGACCGAUCACAAAGAGAAGAUAACCUGCAGAAACUACAUCGACAAACAACUUCGUAUUGCCACUACAUCUAAUGAAGUGAUAAAUCCUGAAAGCCUUAUUGAUCACGAAGGGAGCAGUGGGUAUUCAGAUAUCAGGCAAGCCAGCAGACUUGUUUGUGUACCUCUGGAUUUGACAGACACUUUGAAAUGUUUUAGAGAAACUCUAGGAAAAUCAAAGUACCACAGCAGAUCUCUUAGACACAGCAGAAAAUUGCUUUCAUUACUUCUUGCACAAACACAAGAAACUUCUCCAGCAAGAUGCAGUCCAGGUGGCACAGUUCGAAAAGUGGAAUUUAGCUCUAAAGCAGAGCAAACACAUCUCCCAACACCCCCUGAUCUUUCUCAGGAAAAAUUCAUUUCCCCCAGUACGGUUGAAAGCAAGGGACUACCUCAUUCACAAAUUGCGAUUGUAAUUUCUUCCUAUGAAAAAACUAUCGAACUCCUUCAUGCCACCAAUCAAACAGGUCUCAAAGUGCAGGCACUUCAUGAACUUGGAAAUCUUCUCUUCUUUACAGGAAACAAAAGAAUGGCUUUUAAAUGCUGGUGUCAGGCCUUAGAUGGAAUACUCAGGAAAUCGGAUGUGCUUAAUACAUGGAAAGAGUUUAACUGCUUUUCAGUGAACGUUACUGACAAUCCUGCAGAUGCAGUUCUCAGAGACUACAGUGAAAAAUUUCUAUUUCAAGCAGGCAUUUGGGGAUGUUUGCAAGGAGCAGUCAUAGCAGCAAAGUUGGCUCAGUAUAUAUUAACAUCAAAUAUGAGACAGAGGACUGAAUGUUGCAUUUUAUCUGCAUUUCUUUUUAAGGCUCUAUUUAGAAGUUCGCUUCCACAUCCAAAAGUUGAUUAUGAUUUUGCCCAGUAUGAAAUAACCAAACUUGCUCCAGGAAUUGAUCUGUUCUCUGAUCGGUACAGAGCAGACGUUUCCACUGUUGUUGCGAGUCUAACUUUCCUUAUCUGUGAACUCCAUUUUGCUAAGCAAAAUCUAAUCACUCUGCCACUCUUCACGUUGUACCAGUACUUUGUUUCUGAGAUCUGUCAAGACCCAUUAAAAUGUAUAGAAGGAAGAAUUCUUAAGAUGCAAGUCCUUAUUGAUUUGGGAUUUUUUGCUGAUGCCUUUAAUGAGCUGAGUCUGCUUUAUAGUGGAAAAAAUAUCCCCUGUAAAGUUCCUUCAGGCUACAAGUCCACUGGAAAACUAAAGCAGCCGAUUCAGAAAUUUGAGACAGACAAAUCCCUCCUCAGCAAAGAAAACUUAGCGGUAAUAGAUGACUUGUUGAAUAAAGGCCUGCCUGUAGCUCUGGCUUCUCUGUGCAGCCAACAAAUCCUGAAUAAGUUAUUUUUGGCCAGAAUGCACUUCCUCAUCAGCCUUGCAGCAAUGAUAAAUGGUCUUCCAGAGAAAGUGUUGAGAUCUCUGUACUGUGCCUCUACUUCUUUAAGGAACAAAUCAGCACUACUCAGCAUUAAAGAAGUGAAUUCAAGAGACCAAAUAGGCUUGAGUUCUCAACUGAUUAAAUGUAAAGAAGAUUUAACUCUGAAUAUGCUAAAGGGAAUUUUAUUGUCAGAAGCAGAAGACAGGCUUAACUUGCUUGUGGCAGACAUACAGGAUGGAAAUGACAGGAUGAUUUCUCAGUGUUCUGCUGUAGAAUUAGAGGUUGUUAUUGAGGCCAAGCUUCAACUGGCUGCUAUUGCUCAGCAGAGACAUCAAGCAGCUUUCAGUGCUGCCAUUGCUUUCUCGGUACUCCAAACUCUACAGGAUGCAGAAGUGUUCAAGGAGAUUCCACAAGUUCAUAGAGACAAUUCUUCCAGUCCUCCAGAAAGUGAAUCUGUGCAUAAAGAAGACACUAAGUACUUGGAGCCUUCUAUGAUGGUAGCCCGAGAACAUCUGGACAUUCGCUUGUGGCUGAGAUGCCGCUUGGUGUUAUUGGCUGCAUUGGUAGCACAGAUACGGGGCAUUGUAGUCAUGAAAGAAAAUGAAACCGCAGAGUGCUUAAGUCUGAUAGAUCAAAUGUUAAGGGAGGCACGGGCCUCUGGUGACGUUGAGAUAGAGGCCGAAAUCAUGGUGCAGACUGUCGUGCUCAACCUGCAAGAAAGAAGACCCAAGGCGAACACUAUCCAGCUGCUCCAGGAUAUAAUACAUUUACUUGAAGAAAAGCCAUUUAUUUCUCCUCAAGCUUCUUUAAUAUUUGUCCAGAGCAUCCUUUUACUGGAUGAUUUAAUGAAAAUGGAGACUGAAGACAUCCAGGGAUAUCGCUCUUUGGGAAAAGAAAAAUUAAAUUAUUUAAUUCUGUCUCACAAGCUUAUUAUUGAACAGAUUCUAACUUUUGGAGAAACUGUUGAAUGGCACAAAACUGAAGUUGAAUUAACGACACCACUGCAGCCUUUGAAAAACAUCUACCUUCCCCAUAUCAACCUCCUGGCAAAAGUCAAACUGAGACUCGGAUAUGAGUUGGCAAAACAAGUAGCUUGCACUGCACAGAGAAAGGAUCCAUCGAAAUGGUUACCAGCUCUUCAGCUCCUUAGAACAGCAUUAGAGUUAUGUCGGGCAUCAGCGGUGGUGGAAUUUGAUCUGGAAGCUGAAAUUCUGUUUCAGAAAGGUAAAGUGGAACGCCAGCUAUUUUUAGUAGAUAAUCCAAAGCCGAUGACAAACGAUGAUUUCUUUGAAGCCAUAAAACUCAGCCAGAGAAAUGAUCAAAACUAUGGGAUGAUAAGGAAAUCCUAUCUGGAAAUAGCCCUGUUUUAUUUCCACCUGGCAGCAAUUAAAAACACCGGAGCCCCUUUAAAAUCACAGAAUGUUGCUGAACAGCCAAACGUAUCAAAAGUAAGAAUCUCACCUCAGUUUGAAAAACACAGUACUUUGGCCUGGAUUGCGAUAAGAGCUGCUACCCAGGUCAAUGAAGCCAUGGUAGCAUCUCAGUUACUAAUUGGAAAGAAGAGUGUUAAGGAGCAUCCGGUUAACUAUACGACACAGAUACACAUCCCACAAUUUGCUUACUUAGAUCUUCUUACAUCAUACACAGAUUAUUUGAAUGAUGGCCAUCUAGCUACUUUCAAAAAUCCGUUAUUCCCUUCAACUCCAAAUGAAGAAGUCAGUGAGAGUCUGAAAAAAGAAUGCAGAUCAGAAAGUGAAGUUAAGAAAAUCAACGAGGACCAACUGACUGUUACAUGGGUCCACCUUGUGCGUUAUCAUAAUCACUUAAUGAGACUUAACAAUAUGGGUACUCUGCUAGCAUCUUCAAAGCCAGGAUCUGGAAUGCCUUCCACAGAUGAUGCCCUGUAUACUUCUGUUUUCAAUCAAAAACUUGUUCUACGCUUGAGAGAAAUGCAUUAUUUCUUAAAACUCUUUUUGCAUGCAUAUUCAUUCUGCUGUGUGGAAGAAUUCCCCAAAGACCUUCUUCAAGGGUUAGAAAAGCCAGCUGAAGGUGAAAAGACACAUGGGUCAGUAGUUAAGAUUUACCAUGGCAGCACUACAGUGCUACAAAAUAGUUCAUCGAUAAAACUCUCUGCUGUCUCUUCGUUCUUUCAUAAUUUAGACAGUAUGACAGAAAGCAGGGCAACUUAUGCCUCAAAUAAAGAACUUUGCUUUCAGUGGUACAUUCCGCCUCUAGAAGUAUCAGCAGUGGAAACAGAACCAAAGGUUUUGUUACUGUUUGCCUAUAACACAAAGAAGGUCAAAAUUCUCUCUCUGAAGACUUUCAAUCCAACCAACAUAUUUUCAGGCCAUUUGUGGAUCCACCUGAAGAGAGUUCUUUCUUUAUAUGAGAAAUUAUCACACCUGAAGCAACAAGCUGAAAUCUCAUUACCAACACCUACUGAUAUUUCUCCAAAUGCAGAAAGUGAAAUCUUGUCAUCAGCAUCCAAAAUUGAAAUGGAAAAGUCAGAGAUUGAGGAAAAGGUUAAAGAAUGUUGUACGGAAGUAAAAUGUCUUCUGCUGGGUGUUUCAGAUACCUUACCACUAACUGAGGUUCCAUUUGAUAUUUCUUUGGAGUCUAUAUCGAAUUUGAAGAAACUUUUUGAUUUGGCUAAUGGCUGUGUUUUACUGGGAGGAAGCAUUUUCCAAUGGAUUACAUCUCUUCUCACUUGAUCAUUUCUUUGCAGAUGAAGUUGAUAGUUUCCUAAUGUUUCAUGAGAGUUGGUAGUCAUUUUUAAGAACUGUCAUCUUGUUUCAGAAGCAGUAAGCAGUGUUUUUUCAAAAAACAUAUUUUCCGAAGUUACGUAAUAUAAUAAAGUU